GUCAAACAAGGUUCAUUGUCGAUCAAACGUAUUCGUUCAAUUUUACUUACAUUAAUUGAACAAAAUACUGUUCUUCGCACUGCUGUUCGUUUUAACUCACCAAGUAAUCAGAUCGAACAAUACAUUCUGGCUGCUACCGAUGAAAUUUAUUCAUUUGAAUAUUCACGAAAUAUUAAUACAUCAGAACAACUUGAUCAAUUAUUUACCAAGGAACCUACAGGAUAA